AAGCUGAAGUGUUGUGUACACAGAGGCGUGUUGAAGCAACCGCACACUGCUGUCGCCGUAUAUAUGAUCGGUGGGUGUAUGGGCUGAGUGUCGUUUUACUGAGUACGGGAGAGAAGAGCUUUUUUGACCACCUCCGUCCCCUCUUUGGUCAUUUCGGCAGGGGCGGAGGCUUGUGUAUCGUCAUGAUUAACAAAAGCGUGACUAGGAACCCAAAGCUCCGUGUUAUGCAACCGCUGACCUACUAACACACAUUCGAGGACGACGAGAGGAGCAAGUGUGUGUGUAGCUUACGUGUGUGUAAGAGACGAAAACUGGAGCAAAGCCUCCGACAUAACACAAGGACGAAGAGGGAGGGAGAGAUAGACGGCGAAUAGCAGCACAUUCAGGGAGUCGCAUUAAUCGACACAAAGCCGGUGAGUGGAUCACGACCCACACGGGACAUUUUUCAGCCCAGACUGAAGUUGUAAAAGGAAGAAAGACCAGAAUCGGGACGAGAAACCGCAUAUAGAGGCACUGAGGAGCGAUUUAUUGAAGAAUAAAAGAGGAUCCUUGCGUUUAACGAAAGGAAUGCGCUAUUUCACUUCGAUCUGUUCAUCAAAGACUGGGAUAAAACACUGAGCUGAGACGGAUCUGAUAUAUGAUCAACAUCUUUCGGGGGUGCUUGGGAAAAAAAAAAAGUUUAUUCUUCAACUGCAAUCCCAGCCUACACUGCCACCUCACCCAUCAAGAACAAGGAGCUUUGCCAAGUCAACAAAUUAAACUGUCUAAAUUAAGAAAGAACUGAAAGCAAGCUAAACAAACAAAAAAAAAGAAAACGACUAUCCCUACUAAACUAAACUUGUAACACCUAUCCAAUGACGGUUGUUUUUGUUGCCUUUCAUCUUUUUCUUAUCUUUUUGACCAGUCUGGACACUUGAAAGGUUUGAAGACUGGUUAGAGUAGGAGGAAAAAGGCAUCAAUCAGAAAUACGUACAGUUCCUCUUUGGAGGAAAAAACAGAACCUUGUACAUCAUUGUAUAUGCUGACAAUUAAGUGUGUUUUUGAAGUGUUAAUCAGAAAGAAAUACUUUUCAGUAUUAAAACAUUAAUUUUCAAUGUCAACUGAGUGCCAGUUAUACAAACUGGCCUUAACAGAACCACAAUGGAAAGCCUAAAUCUUCCUACCCAAAAUAACGAUUCCAGUUUGGAAACGUUAGAAACAUUCUCAACCUACAGCGAGAGUUUACCAUCACCCCAAAUCACCAGCCCUCCUCGUCAAGGCCGACUAGUAAAACCAAAACCCAAUAUGACCUGUCGACGAAAGCGGGAGUUCAUCUCAGAUGAAAAGAAAGAUGCAUUCUACUGGGAAAAACGACGCAAGAAUAACGAGGCUGCCAAAAGGUCAAGGGAGAAGCGCCGAAUCAAUGAUAUGGUGUUGGAGAACAGAGUAAUGGCACUGAAUGAGGAGAAUGUGCGGCUGAAGACAGAACUCCUGCAAUUGAAACUAAGAUUUGGACUCAUAAGCUCUGCCUCUUACAUGGAGAAGACCCAGCAGAUCAGCAAUGGUUCAAAGGCAGCGACUAAUGGAGCUAAUGGUAACGGAGCAACUUCCGGAAAUCCAUAUUACUCAAGCAGUGGAUACUCCAGUGCUUCUCAGGUCAUGAUGAACUCUGAUUCCUCAGAGGCUGAACAGCCAACCAGGAGUGAACGCCACACAACUUUACCCAAGUACUCCCCAUGUAGAUCACUGUCUGACAUGUCUGAUGGAUCUUCACGGGACAGUCCUGAACCUAUAAACUUUGACGUCAAACACGAGAGCUCUGGAAUGGACAUUAACAGGCUUGAGGCAAGUGUUCUUAAUGGCAUGUUCAAUGGCCAUCAAAGUCUUGGACGACUAGAGAAUCAUCAAGCGCAAGAAAUGGAACAGCAAGAAGGUGUCAACAACCCAGCCCCCCUAUCCGCCACGCCCCAAAGAAGUGUCAUCCUCUUUCGUUCCGGAAGCAGCUCGUACCCUGUUGAGGACAUGGAGCAGCAGGUGGCAUCCCAAACACAACAGAAUGGGCAAAUCACUCAUUUUACUCAAACAGGGUGCAAUCUACCAAUAAGACCUGAUGGUUUAGAGACUCUUUCAGAGGUUGCACAGCAGCUUUCCAGGAGGUCUUUGGAUUCCCCAAGCUAUGAAUUCACUAACGGCAAGGCAAAUGCCAGGGAGAGCAGGCGGUUUGUCAUACAGCAACAAGACCUGAGUGUUCAAGGACAAUACAGAAGUCAGGUUCAAGAGGGCACUCCAAAUUCUUUUGCCCCAGAUUUGCUCAAUGAGGCUGGAAAAGCCCACGCAUACCAGCAUUCCAAUCCCUACCUCGGCACUCUGAACAAGGAGCCACCUGUGCUAACGUAUGAAGGUUGCCCAAAAGCAGAUGGCUUCUACCAAGAGCACUCCUCCUCAGGCAAGGACACCUCCUCUAGUGACGGAGACCCACGCAGCUCAGAUAAGGAAGCCUCCACUGACGAUGAAUCUCCCUCAUCCUCUUCUUCUGAUACUGGUGGAUAUCACGCCAUCCACCAGUCACCAUCCUCACCCACCAUGGUCGCCAGUGAUGCUUACCAGUACGGAGACAACCAAGGUGAAAUGAAAGGCACUGCUCUGCCACACAAGCUAAGGCUCAAGUAUAGAGCACUAUCUAAUGGUGGGUCCCUAGACGUCCUGGCUACAACAGCUGCUACGUCACCUGAUUCCGCUCUGCCUCAGCACCCAUACCUGGCGCUAGCGCAGGUUAACCAGCAGCAAGGCAGCAGCUCUGGAAGCAAGGAAGGGGAGAGUGAGACAACAGAUGAACUUUGCACACAACAGUCUCCUUACAGAGAGAAGGUAGAGGAAUGGAAGGAAAGCGGGAAGAGGAGCUUAGGAGGACGAGGUAGCAGAAACAAGAAACAUGACUGAAACUGGCACAUCACAUCCUUUAACAGAGUUAAGACAGGACAUGAUAAAUGUCACCUUUACCAUCUUAUAGAAAGAAAAAUGAAAAUGGUACCAAUUAAUUGCAUGAAAGUCUAUUGCUUAUACGUAACAACAACAAGAAAGAAACUCAUUGUGUUCUUGGUCUGUUUUCUUAUCAAGAGCGAUUCUGUGACCUUUUAAUGCAGCUCUGUUCUCUAACUCUUUCAUAAGCACUUAGCUAUAACUCGAAGAAGUUACGAAGAGGAAAUUGAGCUCUUUCAAAUUAUAUUUUUCCUCUUUCAAAAACCUACAGAACUCUGUAUAGCAACCUUUGACUUCACCUUUGAAUAUUUACAUAUCUCUACCAUGUUUCGUAGCUAAAUUGAUGGGUAGUCGCUGAACCCAAGUAGUUCAUGGAGUUUAAGGCACAAGUCCUUUUCUCCCUAUUGAUUUCAGGAGGAAAAAUCUCAACAGAUUUAUGCCCGUCUCUCUCCUCUGCCUUUGGACUUUAGCAUUAUUGAAGCACUUGGAUUGUUAUAAUACUGUGACAUGACUAAACAUAUCAUAUUUCAAUAUAUUUUAUGAAAAAAAAAAUGACAUGUCAAUCUUUAAGAGUAGAAAAGUGGGAGAAAUACUACGAACACUGUCUACUUAUUACUGUUUGAAUUCCUGUAUAGUCCUUUCCGAAUGUUCAUAUCUGAUGCUUCCAUUAUAUUUUUUAAAUCAUCGUAUUUAUGUCCCUGUAUCACACCAUUUGAGAGAAUGUUCUCUUCAUAGUGUUUUGGUCAUUCAUAGGUCAAGGUUAACCAGUGAAAAAUCACAUUUUUUACAUCACAUUACUAUAUUGCAUCACUGUAAAGGAGCUAGAUGGAUAGACCCUCUCCCAAGGUCACUGUGACCAAUCCUUUUUCGAAAAAGGCUACCUGACAUUUAGUCAAAUUAGAGUAAAAGCCCUUUCAGAAACAUCAAGGCGGUCUCUUCCGAGGCCGAAUUAAUAUGCGGACUGUAUAAAGUGUAAGAUAUCAUUACCAUCUCAAGAUGGUCGUGUCCUCUGUGGUCAGGUUUCAGAGACGCCUCACAUGCUACCUCAUGAGAAGAAACGGUUGAGGUUACGCAGAACUGAAGAGUUUCUCCUUUGGUGCAUGUAGCCCAUUGCAUCAUUAUACCCAUUAACUGUUGCGUAUAAAAGUUAACACACAGUAAAAUGCUGCAGCACACAACUAAGUGUUACCUAGACACAAAUUCAGUCCCACUAGUUGUCUUUGUAGAAUAUACCACAGCUGAAAGCUGCUUCUGCACUGAAUUUUUUUCAUCCGAUUUUAUACAAUCUGUGUUUAUUGUUCCCAAACAGGUGCCUGGCACUGGCCAUUAUGUAAAAAGUGUACAGACAAAUUCUCUCUUUUGAGUAUUUUAAGUUUGUAUCAAGUUUAUUUUGGCAUUCUAUAAUAAUUAUUAUUAUUAUUAAUAUUGUAUUUUAUUUUAUAUUCCAAUGCUAUUAUUCUUUUUGGGUUAAUAUUUCUUGUGUCUGUUGUCUGUUCACCUCAAUGUGAUACAGUACGUAUAUAUUUUCAUGUCCUGUUUGUCUAUUUCACCUCUGUACCCUGGUGUAUUGUGUGGUAUUUACUGAAGUUUUAAGUAAAAAAAAAAGAUGUUUGUUAAAAGAGGUGGGCGUACCUGUCAAGGUUCUCAGAAUGACACUAAAGGAGUGGAAAGAAAAAUAAAACACGUUGUAUGUUGAAUUUAA